CGGCGGGAUCUCUCUCCUUUUUACCGCCAUCGGAGCGGAGCGUCUUUCUUCCCGGAGCCUGCCUCACUGCGGACCCGCCGUACCUGUCGAGCCCGCCGGCCACACAGCGAAGCAUCACCUGAAACUCGGCUACGAUGGCAGACAUUGACAACAAAGACCAGGCUGAGAUGGACCCAGCCGACAUGGAGGACGUGGAGGAAGUGGAGGAGGACGAGACGGGAGAGGACGAGAACAGCAAAGCUCGUCAGCUGACCGUGCAGAUGAUGCAGAACCCACAGAUCCUGGCGGCGCUGCAGGAGAGGCUGGACGGCCUGAACGGGUCGCCGUCGGGCUACAUGGAGAGUUUACCAAAGGUCGUAAAGCGCCGUGUGAACGCCCUGAAGAACCUGCAGGUGAAGUGCACCCACAUCGAGGCCAAGUUCUACGAGGAGGUGCACGAGCUGGAGAGGAAGUACGCCGCGCUGUACCAGCCGCUCUUCGACAAACGCAGCGACAUCGUGAAAGCCGCCUACGAGCCCACAGACGAGGAGUGUGAGUGGAAGGCGGAUGAGGAGGAAGAGCUGACAGUAAGUAAGCAGGACGAGAUGAAGGAGAAGGCGAAGCUGGAGGAGGAGAAGAAGGACGAGGAGAAGGAGGACCCCAAAGGCAUCCCCGAGUUCUGGCUAACGGUUUUCAAGAAUGUGGACCUGCUGAGCGACAUGCUGCAGGAGCACGACGAGCCCAUCCUCAAACACCUACAAGACAUCAAGGUCAAGUUCUCCGACCCGGGACAGCCCAUGAGCUUCACGUUAGAGUUCCACUUCGAGCCCAACGACUUCUUCACGAACACGGUGCUGACGAAAACCUACAAGAUGCGGUCGGAGCCGGACGAGAGCGACCCCUUCUCCUUCGACGGCCCGGAGAUCAUGUGCUGCACGGGGUGCACGAUCGACUGGACGAAGGGGAAGAACGUCACGUUGAAAACAAUCAAGAAGAAACAGAAGCACAAGGGCCGCGGAACGGUCCGGACCGUCACCAAGACGGUGCCCAACGACUCCUUCUUCAACUUCUUCACCCCGCCAGAGGUCCCUGAAAACGGAGAGUUGGACGAGGACUCGGAGGCGGUCCUGGCCGCCGACUUCGAGAUCGGCCACUUCAUCCGCGAGCGCAUCGUCCCGCGGGCCGUGCUGUACUUCACGGGCGAGGCCAUCGAGGACGACGACGACGACUACGACGAGGAGGGAGAAGAGGCGGACGACGAGGAAGGAGAGGAGGAGGCCGACGAGGAGAACGACCCCGACUACGAUCCCAAGAAGGAUGCAGCCCCCCCAGCUGAGUGCAAGCAGCAGUGAAGCCGGCCGGCUGCCUCGAGGAUCGACUGCACUGUAACGGCUUCUCAAAUGAAAACAAACAAAAAAAAAUCUAAAAAUAAAAAAAAAAAUAGUUACUUAACGCCUUAUAAUGUUUUGUAUUUUUCUUGGUAGAGAAUUUGAAGAAGAAAAAAAAAGAAGGUUUCAAGAUUUUUGUUACAAAAACUCACGGUAUUGUGCUGCGAGCUGCGAGGCUCCGUAUACAUAGUAUUUUACUAGACCAGGUUUCUCUUCUCUGUACCAUAGAUAGAGCGGAAACUCUCCAACAACAGCAUGAACGUGUUUCUCACUGCUAAACUAGUUUUGGGUUCUUGUGAAGUCUUUUGUUGUAUUUGCUCUCGGACAACAGCUGUGGGUUCGACUGCGCGGCGGCGGCGGCGGCGGGGACGGCUCCUCCUCCCUCGUCUUCGGGUGCUGCUUUCUAUUUGAGGGACGGAGCUUGAAGUUAAACAAAAAAAAAAAAAAAAAAACCACUGUAGCAUUUCCAGAAAACACCCAGAGACUGGACGAACGGCGCCGCCGUUCCCUCUCAGAACAUUCCAGUUAGAAACGGGAAACGUGUCGACCGAUCGGCUCCGGAACAUUCCGCCUGACCGCUUCUCUCUUCAGGCUCAGCUCGUCUCUUCAAUAGCACUUUGCGGCGCUCGGCCCGCCGCGUCCGGUCGUCGGCGAGCGGUGGAGGGAUAGGCGUUGGGGGCGGAGCCGCCGCCGCCCCGCCCCGCCCCGGGGGAGUCUGGGAGCUCGAUGGGAACAGAUGUAGCACAGUGGGCGACGGGGGAAAAGUCCGUUUCAGGUUCUAAAUUUCAGAAGUCCAUUCCUCCCCGGGAGUUCCUCCUUCCUUUAUCACUGUGACAUGAGGGGGCGUGUGAUAAGGCCGCCGCGUUGGCCAAUGACCCGCCGCCCCCCCCCCCCCCCUUCCUCUCUCCUCUCCGCUUACCCAGAAGGCCACAGAGAAUCAUAUCAGAGCAAUACUUCCAGUCCAGGCAGCGCCUUGUUUCUUUCCGUUUGGGGGGGGGGGGCGGUCGUGUCCACUGUGGAGAGCCAGGGUACUUCUCAUUCUGCAGGGAGUAUUCAGGACGGGGGGGCGGGGGUUAAGGGUUAAAGAAAAGACGUGACGGCGGUUCUGUGGGUCCUUCAGAGCAGCUGUUGUCGAGGCAAAACGCUAUGCUACAAAAUAAUGUACUCAAUAACUGUCCGUGUAUGUUCAUGAAUAAAUUGGUUCAACCUG